UAAUGUUGACGUGCAUUUUCUGUAAAGCUGCUUUGAAACAAUAUAAAAUUAUCACCUGCCUGGCCUGUGAGCCUGAAUUUUGCCUCCUUGCCAGAUUAUGACUCCAGUUUUGGUGUCUGCUACCUAAUUGCCCAAUCCUAACCCCACCCUACAACAAAUCCUAAACCUAAGUUGUUUGAUAAAUAACAUUCCUCAAACCUUAGUACUUGAUAGCAUCACUAUAGCAUGGUAUCACGCAGUAUUUAUUUAUUUAUUUAUUUUUGCACAGCAAAAGUCUGCGCAGAAAAAAAGCAUGACUGACAUCUACAGGACAUUCUGAGGAAAAAAAAAAAAAAAAAACUUGCAAAAGUAGAAAACAUGGAUAAGAAGAUAUAAUUGAUUAAGCCAAUUAUUUAUCUGCUCAUCUUAAAAAAAGCCUUUAGACAACCACUCUGAACAUCAAUAAACUGUGCAUGCAAAAAAAAAAAAGACCUUUAUUCCAUCAGGACUGUUGUCUAUGUUGGGAGGGUGACAUCCUUUUUUUUUUUUUUUUUGAGGGCACCACCUGCUCUUUUAAAGCAACACCUCAUACAACCUUAAUCAUAAAUUAGUUACUUAGAGUGGGUGAGUGGGUCAGAGAGAGAGAGAGAGACGGAGAGAUGUGGAUGACUCUGUAUAUUACUCUAUACCUGUCAUUUUACUGUAUAUCUGCAGAUUCAGUCCUCAGAUCAGGUACCUGUCAGCUCCAGGGACACUUCAAAUUAAAUGGAAUGUACCAGGAUGGAGAUUUUAUACUUGGAGGCCUGUUUCAUGUUCACUUUUUCACAGUGUUCCCAGAGCUGAGCUUCAAAACCGAGCCAGAACCACCAUACUGUGAAAAAUUUAAUAUGGAAAUCUUCCAGCAGGCUCAGACCAUGGCUUUUGCAGUGAAUGAGAUUAAUAAUAAUCCAAACCUGCUGCCUAAUGUAACUCUUGGAUAUCAUCUUUAUGACAACUGUGUGAGACUAGGAAUAGCGUUCCGGGCUGCCAUAUCCCUGGCUAGUGGGACAGAGGAGUCCUUCUCCAGCCUAAACUGCACUGGCCCCCCUCCUGUGAUUGGGAUUGUAGGGGAUCCAAGUUCAACUCCUUCCAUUGCGAUUUCCAAUGUUCUUGGGCUGUUUCGAGUACCAAUAGUUAGUCACUAUGCCACCUGCUCCUGUUUGAGUGACAGGAAAAAGUAUCCCUCUUUCUUCAGAACAAUCCCCAGUGAUGCCUUCCAGGUGCGGGCUAUGGUUCAGAUCUUGAGGCAUUUUGGAUGGACCUGGGUUGGCCUUGUCUACAGUGAUGAUGAUUAUGGCAUCUACGCUGCUCAGUUAUUUCAGCAGGAAAUGCAGCUAUUUGGAUAUUGUGUUGCUUUUUCUGAAAAGCUUCCACCUGAUAACAACCACAGAGACAUUCGACGUAUAACAAGAGUGAUUUAUGCCUCUACAGCUAGAGUGGUGGUUGUUUUUCCCAGUGCAUCCUUUCUGCUUCCACUGAUGGAAGAGGUUGUGUUGCAAAACAUGACUGGAAAGCAGUGGAUUGCAAGUGAAGCUUGGGCCACCUCACCUGUAUACCAUACUCCACGUUUCCUGCCCUUCCUGGGGGGCACACUGGGCAUUGCUAUCAGACAUGGAGAGAUUGAGGGUCUUCAUGACUUUCUGCUACGUCUCCGCCCCAGUAAUGAUCCAAGAAAUAAUAUGUUGAGGAUUUUCUGGGAGAACAUGUUCAGGUGUAGUUUUGGAAAUGAGGGAAAUGUGAUAGAUGGAGAGCAAGUAAAAAAGGUGUGUACAGGACAGGAGGAUCUGAGCACCACAAACACACCAUACACUGAUGUUUCAGGGUUGAGAGCAUCUUAUAAUGUCUAUAAGGCAGUUUAUGCCCUGGCACAAGCACUUCAUGACCUGAUGCAGUGUAAGGAGGGUAGAGGACCAUUCAGUGGGAACAGUUGUGCUGACAUAAUCAACCUGAAACCCUGGCAGCUGGUUCACUAUCUCCAGAAAGUGAACUUCACCACAGGCUUUGGGGAUCAAGUGUCAUUUGAUAAGAAUGGAGAUGCUCUGCCUAUCUAUGACGUGCUAAACUGGCAGCCGAGCUCUGAUGGAUCAAUAAGGACUUACACGGUUGGUGUAGUAAAUAAAGGGCCGGCAACAGAGAUGGUGCUCACACUUGAUGAGGAUGCAAUAUACUGGAACUUUGCAACAAAAAAACACCCAAGGUCAGUGUGCAGUGAGAGCUGCCACCCAGGCACCAGGCAAGCCAGGAGGAAGGGUCUUCCUGUCUGCUGUUUUGACUGCCUGCCCUGCGGAGAAGGAGAGAUUUCCAAUACAACAGAUGCUAUUGAGUGCACUGUGUGUCCAGAUGAGUUCUGGUCUAAUCCAGAUAAGGAUCAAUGUGUCCCCAAAGCAGUAGAGUUUCUGUCUUAUGAGGAACCUCUGGGCAUCUCUCUGACCACUGCUUCCCUACUUGGCACCUGCAUUUGCGCUCUUGUGAUGGUCGUCUUCGCUCAUCACCGUAACACUCCCAUAGUACGUGCCAACAAUUCAGAGCUCAGCUUUCUGCUGCUGUUGUCAUUGAAAAUGUGUUUCCUGUGUGUACUGCUGUUCAUUGGCCAGCCGCAGCUGUGGACGUGUCAGUUAAGACAUGCUGUGUUUGGCAUAAGCUUUGUCCUGUGCAUCUCCAGCAUCCUGGUCAAGACUAUGGUGGUAAUAGCUGUCUUCAAGUCAUCUCGACCAGAGGGCAAAGGAGCGAUGAAAUGGUUUGGAGCAGCUCAACAAAGAUGCACAGUUCUGGUCCUAACAGCCCUCCAGGUUGUGAUAUGUGCAGUCUGGCUAUCAACUGCCUCUCCAACACCACAUAAAAACAACCAGUAUAUCCGCUCUAAAAUGGUAUAUGAAUGUGCCAUUGGCUCAGUGGCUGGUUUUUCUAUGCUGCUGGGAUACAUUGGAUUGUUGGCAGCAGUAAGCUUCCUUUUAGCCUUCCUGGCGAGAAACCUUCCAGAUAAUUUUAAUGAAGCAAAGUUCAUCACUUUCAGCAUGUUGAUCUUCUGUGCUGUGUGGAUUGCGUUUGUUCCCGCAUAUGUGAGCUCACCAGGGAAAUAUGCAGUGGCUGUGGAGAUAUUUGCCAUAUUAGCUUCUAGUUUUGGUUUACUGGUAUCCAUAUUUGCUCCAAAGUGCUACAUCAUUCUUCUACAUCCAGAGAGAAACACUAAAAAUGCCAUCAUGGGAAGAGAAACACAAAAGAAGUAGUUUUACAUUAUUAUGGUUUAAAAUUGUGAAUUCAGAUUUUCCACUACUUUAUCAUUUUAGGCUUCACCUCUGUAAACAAAUAAGCAAAAAUAUUGCAAAGCUUGCUGUUUUGUUGUUGUAAUUAUCAUCAUCCAUUUGUCUGCUUUAAAAUAGCAUUGUUUAUUAAUGUAUUUGUUAUACUGACUUUUAUAUGUUUUGUCUUCUUUGUAGGUUUACCUCCUUUGCAUGUUCAUUUUUCUAAAAUUGUUUGAUUAGAAAAGGAAAAAUAAAAUAAGGAGAAAAGACAGUUUGUCAAAGCUACUUGAUUAUAGAUAUAAGUCAGAAAGUUUAUCAUAUUAUAAUGGGCUAAUUGCAUAUGGGCACCAUGUUGGAUUUCCAAUCUAGCGAGUGUGUGUAUAGACACUUGACAUCAGUGCAAAGAGCAGAAGAAAGCUGAAAAUUAUCUUUUAAAGGGGACCUAUUAUGCGAAAUUCACUUUUGCAUGGUGUUUGGACAUAAAUGUGUGUUGGCAGUGUGUGUACACAACCACCCUAUGGUGAUAAAAAUCCAACCACUCCUUUUUUAUAUCCCCAUAAAUCAUAAGGAGUGUCUCAGAACAAGCCGUUUCCAGAUCCCUGGCAGUGUGAGGUCACAAAACCACAGGCCCCGCCCACGAAUGUUGACAGACACUGCCGUUUGAACAUAGAACCGCACUGAGCGCGUUCACAGCGAAUCCGCCAUUACUGCACUGAUGAGAAUCCCUGCGUUCCAUUCGGAAGGGCUCAUCCCUAUGCCCUAAUCCCUUCAAAGGGUUUACCCUCCGGAGUGAGAGCUUCGAAGGAAUGAAGGGUGUAGGGGUCAAAAAAACUCUU